AUGAACAUCCCCAAAAACUUAGGUACCAACGCAGAGCCGGUGGCGAAGGAUGGAAGUAGCUUAGCCCCCCCUAUAUCCCGAAAGACCCUGCACCAGAAAAUCCUAGGAAAGCUACGGCCACUGCCCUUCCAGUACCACUGGACAGUCUGGUACGAGAAACACUCAAAAUCGGUAAAUUACGACGAGAGAUUAUUUGUUCUUCACGAAGACGUCGCGGAUAUUGGUACUUUUUACCGAGUUUACAAUAAUUACCCCUGGGAUAAAGUGAAGCUGCGAGACACAGUUCAUAUUUUCCGCAAGGGCACCAAACCUGUAUGGGAGGAUCCAGAGAACCUCAAAGGCGGGUGCUGGACAUUCCGAGUGCCGAAAGUGAAAAGCCAGGCGUUUUUCCAUGAAAUUGCGAUCCUCUGCAUGGCUAAUGAGUUCCAAGCUGCGCUUGAAGCCGAGCACGAUCACGUUCUCGGAGUCUCCACCUCCGUGCGAUUUAAUUCGCAUCUAAUCUCCAUAUGGAACAAGUCCGGAUCGAAUUCCAAAGCCAUCAAAGCACUCGAAGAUACAAUCAUAGAACGGCUAUCCCCAGAUCUAAGGCCGUCAUCCACACAGUCGUACUUUUACAAACGCCACGACGAGCACGAGGGCUACAAAGCUGCGCUAGAGACACAGGAUGGCUCCACGGGCAAUAGCGUCUUAAGAUAA